AAACCCCGCCAGCCCCGCCCACUCCCCUCCUCCCUCUGGGGGUAGUUUCUUUUUCCCUUUUAUUUUUGCAAGCGAAAGUGCUCGGAUGCGCGUAAACUGCAAGAGGGUCGCUGUUAGCACGGGGCGGGUCCUUUUGCAAGCAGAGUAGGAAAUCCGCAUUGGGGGAAAGAGCCAGGAAGACCCAGGAAAUAUUAUAUUUUUGGGGGGGGGGGAGGGAAGGAAUCUAUUAACUCUUUGGGGCAGGGAGAAGUUUGGGGCUUGGAGCGAUGUUUGCUGCUGCUGCUGAGUUUCUGAGCCUUUUUGCAAAACGCGGCCCGGGUCUUAGAAAACUGCAGAACGAGGAAUCUCAGCCUGAAAUAAAAGGGAACUGAAGGGGGCAUACAUGUUGCUGUCUUCCCCUCUCCAUUUUAUCGUCACAACAACCCUGUGAGGAACCGGGUGCCAUGGCGGAAGACAACGGACUUUAUACGAAGAUCGAGGAAAACGUGAGCGAAAGCUUAGAGGCGGAUUCGCAGGGCAUCUCCGUGGAGUCAAGUACCUUGCUGCAGAAACUGAGAGGAACUAUUUCGAAGUCCGUGCAGUGCAAAAUCGACUGCAUACUGCAAGAUGUCCAGAGGUUUACUGAUCACGCCAAGCUCUAUCUCUACCUCCAACUGCCUUCUGGUCCAAGUUCAGGGGAGAAAAACCUGGACCUGACUUCUCUGAGCUCAGCUGAGCACAUGCAUGCUUGCACCUGGAUCCGGGAUCACCUCGAGGAAUACCCAGACACCUGCUUGCCAAAACAAGAUGUCUUUGAUGCUUACAAGCGCUAUUGCGAUAACCUUUGCAGCCGCUCUCUGAGCGCAGCCAACUUCGGCAAGAUCAUCCGGGAAAUCUUCCCGAACAUCAAAGCGAGGAGGCUGGGGGGUCGCGGGCAGUCGAAGUAUUGCUACAGUGGGAUACGGAGGAAGACUGUGGUGAACAUGCCCCCGCUUCCCAGCCUCGAUCUGAAAGAGACGGAGUCUCCGGAGCGGCCAGAGGUGGUUCAGUCCUACAGCGACGAGGUGAUGGAAGCGGCCUGCGCCUUGACCUGCGACUGGGCCGAGAAGAUCCUCAAGCGCUCGUUCAACAACAUUGUGGAGGUGGCCCAGUUCCUCAUCCAGCAGCACAUUAUCAGCUCCCGUUCGCCCCACGUCGACCUCAUCAUGGCCAUGGUGGUCUCAGAAAUUACCGAGAACCACCGUGACAAACGACCAUCCCAAACCUUGAAGGCCUCGGAGAGUUCAGACAAUAAGCAGACCCAGGCCAAAGCAGAAAAUGCCGGCAAGCCCUCGGCCGCAGCAAAGAAGCUGGCAGACGCCCCAACGAAGCCCGCCAGCAGCCCGCAGGUCGACGCCUUGGUGGCUCGGCUGCCACUGCUGCUGCCCCGCGUCCAGGUCCAGCCCGGGGACAGGCUGGUGGUGUCUCCUGGUGUGGCGGCCAUGCACCCGUCCCCCACCAUCUUGGCACCCAAGCUGACGGCCUCGGGGGGGACGGUCAAGAUGGCGCUCUCAAUGGGUCCGGGGCCGUCCGCUCUGUUGGCCCCUACGGUGAACGGGCCGGCUGGCGUGGUCAGCCCUCCAAGCGCCGUGCCGGUCAUCAACAUGAUGCCGGUCAUCAACAUGGCGGUGCCCCCCGUGGCCGAAGUCCCGCUGAAGCUCCAGAGCGCCCCUACUGGCGGAGGGGUGAACGGCUGCGAGGCUCGAUGGAGCCCCCACGACCCGCAGAGAGCCAAGCCCCCCGCCAAGCGGCCUGCAGAAGCACCCAGGGAGGCGGCGGCAAAGAGGAAGCGGGGUCGGCCCCGCAAGAAAGCGGACCCCUCUUUGCUCGAGAAGAGCACCGCUAAGGAGGGAGCACCCGACGCCGAGGAGGACUCUGACAUCAUUGUCGUAACUGUGGGUUACGGCGACCAGGCCGGCCGCCCCUCCUCCCUCUCCGGGUCUCGGGAAGAGAGCACGGAUGUGGAGGUGGUCCAUGUCGGGAAGCCCAAGAGCCCGUUCCCCCAGGAGACGAGUGAAGAGGGACCUUCCCGGGCCGGCAGCCUCAUUGUCAGUCCUGCCCCCAAAGCCGCUGUCCUGCCCACCCAGGUGAGCGUCAUCAGGGGCCGGAGGUCCGCCAUGCCCGUAGCUGUGAAAGAGACAGGCAGUGACUGGAAGGAGACAGGAAGUGGGUCCAAAGAGACAGGAAGUGGGUCCAAAGAGACAGGAAGUGGGUCAAGGGAGCCCCUGCAAUUGGCUGAAGGCACAGCAGCGCCAGGGAUUGGUACCAGAAUCACCGUUGCAAGGGACUGGGAGGAUCCGGAGAGUGACAGCUCCUCAGAAUGUGACCUCCAACCCACCGAUCUUUCCAUGCGCAGAGUCACCCCUCCGCCUGCCAAGGGUUGCUUGGAGGCCUGCGGCUUGCGGCCCUCGUCUGUAAACUUGCACAGGGUCAGUGUGGACCAGGGGAAGGCAGCAGAGUCCGUGAAUCCGCCAGGGACAUCGGCGCAGGCCCCCAGCCGAUAACAUCACCCCCCCCCCAGCCCUGCUCUGGUGUGCGUCUCCCAAUGCCAAGCUCUCCCACGCAAAGGCACCCUGGUUCUGCUUGCUCUUACUAAUUUAAUGCACGUGUGUAGAGGAAAAAAUACACACUGCGGUGUGAGUUUGCAAAUGCGACUUUCCAUCAUACCUCUUCCUUGGCCGUGUACAACGUGCCCCCCCCCCAAGUGGUCCUUUCUCAAUGGAUGCUGGUCUCUUUGGGCAAAGGAGGCACUUCUUCACCAGCCUGCCAGGCGGGCAGCUCUGCCUGACAGGAGCUCUGGCGCCACCUACUGUUCAGCUCCCUGCUUCCUGGGCCCCCAGCUGCCACUGCAAUUUUUCUCGAAAGCCCAAGUGGCCCACCCUUCUCUGAUCAGGGGAGUGAAAAUGUCGGGAAUUAAACGGCGGUCAGCAAAGGUUCUUGCAGAGGUCAUUUAGGCAGGCCACAUCUGUGAAUGGGAAUGGGGGAGGGUUGUUUACGGGACCCCCCACCCUGACACCGAUCUCUCCCCAUCACUCUCCUUGGGACUUAAAUGGGCUGGGCAGGGAGAGGAGAAUCUUCUCCCGUUUGGAAUCUCUGCACAAAUGUUUCUCGAUCCAAAGGGGGCGAAAUUAGUGUUUCGUUCUGAGUGUGGAUCCUGACCCAGACCGCCCCCCCCCCCCAAAAAAACCCCU